AUGAGUCGUUUUGCCGCAAGCGGUGACGGGAAGGUUGUGGCAAGGAAGGAAAGAGCUUUAAUGUCGGUCAAGAACUUCAUUGAGUUGAUCCCACUUGACAUCGACCUCGAAACGACACGGCAACUUGUUUUAAAGGGAAAAAAUAUCACGGCAAUUCCGCCAAAUAUCGGUACUCUUCUUCGAGAGGUUCGGAGGUUGGAUCUAUCAACUAAUGAUGUGCGUGAUAUAACACCGUUGGCGACGCUCGCCAACCUCACAUCUAUAAAUCUCACGCGAAACCCUCACCUCCUAUCCAUAGCACCCCUUGCGUCUCUACACCUUACCGUAGUCGUCGUGGCUCACUGUGGCCUCCGAUCGCUUGUCGGCCUUGAAGGUAGUGCAGGGACGCUCAAAACCCUCGUGGUGAACGACAACAAUUUGCUCCUGCGGUCACCCUCUGGAAAAUGCGUAGAAGGAGCGGGUGCUGACGAAAUCGCAACUGCAGUGAAGAACUAUGACGUUAUCGCGGACCUUACGGAGUGCGAAACGCUCGUUCUCUCCAGGAACCCGCUCCUUUGUAGCCUAUAUGCGGGACCAACAGAGGAGGAUAAGACUCAUCCACAAAAGAAGGCUGAAGCGGGAGAGGAAACAAAAUGCGAACCAGAUUGGGAACACCCUCUGUCUGCAAUCGUGAAGAUGACCUGUCUGAAGAAACUUUCACUUAGCGGCUGUGGCUUAACGUCUUUACCGCGACACUGGUUUAUACCCAAGGUCACAGAGCUGCGGCUGAGUCAGAACAAACUGAAGAGUUUGGUUCCAGAAGGUGUUCUUUUUCGUUCUGUGAAAAUUUUGGACGUUAGCCACAAUGAAUUGAAGGAGGCGUCUACGUUGCGGCGGUGUCGCUUUGUUUACCACUUAGGUGUUCGCGGUAAUCCAUUUGUGGAAGAUGGUAAUGUGUCUACGGGGGCAAAGAGAAAGGCGGGGAAGGGAGACGACGACAACAAGAGCGAAAGCCCACCUCCAGCGAAAAAGAAUCUUGGGGUAGUGCUGCAGUACCUCAUGCGGAUUAUGCCCCACUUAGAAAUGGUGGACGGCACACCUUUGGCGCAACUGCUGCCGACCGAGCAAGACGAUGAGCGGAAGGAAACUGUGGAGUUUACGGCCAAUAAACAGGAAGAGAGUGCUGAAAGUGUGGCAGAUGACGGCGGAUCUAAAGUACCGGAAGAGGAAGAUAAUGCAUUGGAACCUCCGGAAACAUCAGAGUUGGGCAAACCUGCCAUCGUCCGACGGGGGCAAACAAACUUACUCGCUACAAAGAAGAGAAGGCUCUCUGCUGAGGGCGCAGCCGUCACGCAAAUACUGCUUAAAAGAAAGACUGAGGCCUCAGGUUGGUAA